GAGACUCGACCUCCUCAACCUGGGCGUAGGGCGAAACCAACAGCUUUUCCCGCCCUCAGCUGAGAGGGAGGGGGCGGGGCAUGAGAGGCUGCGCGCGCCUCGUCUUCCGCGCGGGCUCCUUCGUUCGCUGCCCUCGGCUCGGCUCGGCUCAGUCAGCGAGAUCAUCAUGAGCUUCUCCGGAGAGACCGACUGGUCCUUGUUCACUUUGCUGGACCAACACCGAGUUGCCCUUAGGGAGGCUGCCGGGAAAGCGCUCGGAGACACGGCGCGCGCUCCCCUUGUGACCGGCCACAGCGGUGAAAUUCCUAGCUCCAAGGUUCUUAGAGCAAUUGAAAAUGUUAUUGAAGAUGUUAUCACAAGUCUGUCAAGAAAUGAAGCACCUGUUCUCAUCUUGAAUAACAGAUCUGAUUGGGGAAACAUACGGUUUAAAGAUGGUGUAGGUUUGCAGAUGACAUCUAAUUGUACGACAAGAAAAAUAAGAAGUGACUGUCCUAAAUCAGCUCCAAAGUUUGCUCUAUUUCUUAAAAUAUUAUCUAUUAUCUACAAGAUGGUACAGACAAACAUUUAUGCAACUAAAAGAGAUAUUUUUUAUACUGAUACAAUAUGUUUUGGAAACCAAAGGGUUGUGGACAACAUUAUCAAUGACAUCUCCUGUAUGCUUAAGAUACCUAGGAGGAGUCUACAUAUUCUGUCUACCAGUAAAGGCUGCAUUGCUGGUAAUUUAAGUUAUACUGAGGAAGAUGGUACAAAAGUGAUUUAUACCUGUAGUACAAUGGCACCUGUACCAUCUAAUGUUGAAGGAAUGAGAAAUUUGAUCACAGAUGCAAAAUUUAUUCUGAUUGUAGAAAAAGAUGCAACUUUUCAGAGACUCGUAGAUGAUAAUUUCUGCAGUAAAAUGUCCCCAUGCAUACUAAUUACGGGCAAAGGUGUACCAGAUGUGAACACAAGGCUUCUAGUCAGAAAAUUAUGGGAUAUGUGUCAUGUACCUAUCUUUGCUCUCAUGGAUGCUGAUCCACAUGGUAUUGAAAUAAUGUGUAUCUACAAGUAUGGUUCUGUGUCUAUGUCAUUUGAAGCCCAUCGCCUCACAGUUCCAGCCAUAAGAUGGCUUGGUCUCUUUCCAUCUGAUUUUGAGCGGCUAAAUAUACCCAAGAAUGCAUUGAUCCCAUUGACAAAACAAGAUCAAAGUAAACUAAGCAGUUUGCAGACAAGGCCUUAUAUUGGUUAUCAGCCAAGAUGGAUAAAAGAACUGGAUAUAAUGGCAAAAUCUAAAAUGAAGGCUGAAAUUCAAGCUUUGACCUUUAUUUCAUCUGAUUAUCUUUCCAGAGUAUAUUUGCCAAACAAGUUGCAGUUUGGUGGAUGGAUUUGAGUAUUCAGACAACGUUUCAAUGUUUAAUGAGGCAGACAAUUUAAGAUUGUUAAAAUAAGCUUUAUAAAAUGUACAGUCAUUCUAAAUGAAAAACUCUAAAAAGAUUGAGGUUUUAAAAAUGUUUUUGUGAGUUUGUUUUUCCAUAUAGAUUUCUUGCUGCUGGGACAAAUGAUUAUUUCAAAGAGACAUUUAAUUUAUCAAUCACACGAUGGGGUUGGGGGGAAGGAUUUGUGGCAAAGGAGGAAGAGAGGAAGACAUGUUAGGUCCUGUUUCUAAUGUAAAGUGUUCAUUAAUCAUUCAAAGUAAAGUUAACCAAUAUGACCUUUGUUGUGCAUCAGACAUUUGUCAGUCAGUUUACAUGCAAAGGAAUAUAGUUUUUCCUGCUUGCUUUCUCUGAAAACUCAAGUGCAAUUGUGAAAUAAAGCUAAGAGUUUCUCCUGCUUCUCUUAUACGUUUCCACAGUAAUAAAACUAAACAUAUAUGUUCUCUC